UUGCAGUCUACAGCCAACAUGUCUGACAAGAAGGCCGUGAUAAAGAAUGCGGACAUGUCCGAAGAAAUGCAACAGGAUGCCGUGGACUGUGCAAUGCAGGCCAUGGAAAAGUAUAACAUUGAGAAGGACAUCGCUGCCUAUGUCAAAAAAGAGUUUGACAAGAAAUACAACCCCACAUGGCACUGCAUCGUGGGCCGGAACUUUGGCAGCUACGUGACGCACGAGACCAAGCACUUCAUCUACUUCUACCUCGGCCAAGUGGCCAUCCUACUCUUCAAGUCGGGCUGA